GGUGCUGAAAAUAAACUACAGUGUUACAGAAAUAUUUACCUUGCACCACACAAAUUCCUCCGACGUGACGGACGGUAGUGUUCACAGAUUAGGAGAAUGGAUUUCAUUUCUAUAGCAUUGUGGACUCUUUGCUUUAUUCUGCUUUUCACAAUUUUGUCGAUAGUGUAUCAUCAAUAUGACAUUCGACAGAAACUUAAAAAUUAUCAACAAACGGACGGAUAUCCUUUCAUCGGCAUGAUAUUUCAGUUAAUAAAUAUGUCGGAGUAUGAACGUCUGAAAUGGGCUGUAUCAUUUAUGCACAAGUGUAAAGAAGGAAUAUUCGUACAAUGGCUUGGACCCAGGCCUUUUGUUACUGUGUUUAAGCCAGAAUAUUUGGAGCAUAUUUUUCCUAGCACUGUCAACAUUGCAAAAGCAGAUAUUUAUAAUCUUGUCAAACCUUGGUUGGGCAAUGGACUUCUCACCUCUACAGGAAAGCAGUGGUUGCACGAUAGAAAACUCAUCGGACCAACGUUUCAUUUUAGCAUAUUAGAUCAAUUUUCUGUGGUUCUAUCUGAAAAAGCAGAGAUCUUAACAAAGUGUCUUGAAAGAGAGAUAAAAAAACAUCCAGGGAAAGCCAUUGAUAUUUUCCCUUUUGUUAUCAAUACUGCUCUCGACGUUAUUUGUGAAACGGCAAUGGGUGUGAAUAUACAUGCUCAAGAAACCGAAACGGAAUAUACAUCAACAGUACAUAAAAUUUCCGGGUUAAUAAUGAAUCGAUUCUUUCGGCCGUGGUAUUGGAUGGAUUGGUUGUACUAUUCACUGCCCGCAGGAAAGGAAUUUCAAUCAGCUCUUAAUCAAUUGCAUGGAUUCACAAAUAGUGUGAUAAGCAAGAAAAAGGCUGAACGGCAAUCGCAAAACUACACAGAACUCGAAAAUGAAGAUGAUGAAUUUAAUAUAGGUAAAAAGAAGAGGAAAGCGUUCCUAGAUCUGUUAUUAGACCAGAAUGCGAAAGCUGACACUCCUUUAACCGAUGAUGAGUUGAGAGCACAAGUUGACACAUUCAUGUUUGCGGGACACGACACAACUGCGGUCGCGAUAACCUGGGCACUUUUUCUUUUGGGAAAUAAUCUCGAGCACCAAGAAAAAGUUCACCAAGAACUCGAGGAGGUUUUCAGAGAUUCUCAAGCACCAGCUACCGUAAAAGAAUUGUCGCAACUAAAGUAUCUCGACAGAGUUAUAAAGGAGACGCUCCGAUUAUUUCCAAGUGCACCUUUCAUCUCGAGGGAAUUAACCGAACAAGUAAAACUGGAUAAUUAUACAAUUCCGAAAGGUGUCACAGUCACAUUGGCAAUCUAUUUAACACACCGUAACCCGGAGGUCUGGCCGGACCCAACGAAGUUCGAUCCAGAUCGCUUCCUUCCAGAAAACUCAAGGAAAAGGAAUCCGUAUGCCUACGUUCCAUUCAGCGCUGGACCGAGAAACUGUAUAGGCCAGAGAUUCGCUUUACUUGAAGAUAAAAUUGUGUUGACUGCUAUUCUGAGGAAGUGGAGGGUGAAGAGCGUGAAAACGCCUGAUACGAUUAAGUACGGCGGCUCUCUCAUUUUGAGACCGUGCGAGGAAGUACACAUACAUUUGACGCCAAAGAAAUGUUCGCAGAUUACGAGAAUGGAUUUCAUCUCUUUGGCAUUGUGGACCCUUUGCGCUGUUCUGAUUCUCAAACUUUUACCGACAGUACGUCGUACAUAUGUUAUUCGGCAGAAACUUAAGGAUUUUCCCAAAGACGGUGGACUUCCUUUCUUCGGCAUGAUAUUUGAGAUCAUAAAUAAGCCGGAACACGAACACAUGAAAGUGAUGGUAUCGUUUAUGGACAAGUUUAAAGAAGGAAUAUUCGUGAAUUGGAUUGGAACCAAGCCUUUUAUUACUGUGUAUAAGCCAGAAUAUUUGGAGCAUAUUUUUCCUAGCCCCGUGAACAUCACCAAAGCAGAUAUGUAUGAUCUUUUUAAACCUUGGUUGGGCAACGGACUUGCGACUUCUACAGGACAAAAGUGGUUCCACGAUAGAAGACUCAUCGGACCAACGUUUCACUUUAGUAUAUUAGAUCAAUUUGCUGUGGUACUAUCUGAAAAAGCAGAGAUCCUAACAAAGUGUUUUCAAAGAGAGAUAGAAAAAAAUUCAGGAGAAGCCAUUGAUGUCUUCCCUUUUGUUAUCAGUACUGCUCUCGAUAUUAUCUGCGAAACGGCAAUGGGUGUAAAUAUGCAUGCUCAAGAAACUAAAACAAAAUAUACUUCAGCAGCACAUAAAGCCUCCAGGUUAAUAAUAGAUCGAUCAAUACGACCGUGGUAUUGGAUUGAUUGGUUGUACUAUUUACUGCCUGCAGGGAAGGAAUUGAAAUCAGCGCUUAAUACAUUACAUGAAUUCACAAAAGGGGUGAUAAAUCAGAAAAAAGCUGAACGAAACUCGCAAAACCAUACAGAACUCGAAAAUGAAGACGAUGAAUCAAACAUAGGUAAAAAGAAGAGAAAAGCGUUCCUAGAUCUAUUAUUAGACCAGAAUGAGAAAACUGAUACUCCCUUGACCGAUGAUGAAUUAAGAGCACAAGUUGAUACGUUCAUGUUUGCGGGGCACGACACAACUGCGGUCGCGAUAACCUGGGCACUCUUUCUUUUGGGCGAUAAUCUCGAGCACCAAGAAAAAGUUCACGAAGAACUCGAGGAGGUUUUCGGAGAUUCAGAAGAACCAGCCAGUGUAAAAGAGUUGUCGCAACUGAAGUGUCUCGACAGAGUCAUAAAGGAGACACUGCGAAUAUUUCCAAGUGUACCUUUCGUCGCGAGGGAAUUAACGGAAGAAGUAAAAUUGGAUAAAUAUACAAUUCCGAAAGGUGUCCUGGUUUCAAUACCGAUAUAUUUAAUACAUCGAAAUUCCGAGGUUUGGCCGGAUCCAAUCAAGUUCGAUCCGGAUCGCUUUCUUCCGGAAAACUCAAAGAACAGGAAUCCGUACGCUUACGUUCCGUUCAGCGCUGGACCGAGAAACUGUAUAGGCCAGAGAUUCGCUCUACUCGAGAGUAAAAUCGUGUUGACUGCUAUUCUAAGAAAGUGGAGGGUGAAAAGCAUGAAAACGCUAGACACGAUUAAGUAUACUGGCGUUCUCAUUUUGAGACCGUGCGAGGAAGUACACAUACAUUUCACGCCAAAGAAAUAAACAGUUUACCAGCAAAUGCAUUGCCCCGGUAAAGGUGGAUAAUCUCUCGUGGACAUAUAGAGCAGAUAAAAUAACCCCAUAAGUGCCUAGUGAUUUUACACUUCUGUAAUGAGAUACUUGUCUCUAAAUGUAAAAUUUCUCAAGCAUUUUUCACAAAUAUCUCCUAUCUCGCUCUUUAGAUUUUAAUAGGUUCUAAUAAUUAUUUUAAUAUUAAGCAAAGAUUUUUAAAUCAAUGUGAUGAAUUUCGUGAUAACAUGUCAAAGACUGAAAAACGGGCCAAGGGCAUUAACCCAUCUGUCUAAUCUACGAAAGUUUGGAGUUGGUACGUUGUUUUUACUUUUACAUUAUUUCAGAUACUCCACAUUUAUUUUAGGAAGAAGCUAGUACAGGUUUUGCGAAAAAAGGAGUAGUACUAUCAGCGCGACUUUAGAGCGAUGCGUGGUAUCUCACUCAACAGUGUGGUCGUGUGUAUAAUCGAACUCUGAUUAUAUAAUCAUACGAGUAUUAUCAUGAAGGAACUUUAUAAUGCGAUAUGAACAAGUAUUAUCAAAGUUCAACACGUCGCGAUUUUGCAAUCUCACUCUGCAGUUGAAUCUUGAAUCAAGAAGAGAAGUGAAAGAGUUGAACCGAGGUGAGAACAGAAGCGCACUAUUCUAUUGCUUAUUUGAUCGCAUUUAAUAUUGUUCGCAGUAUGAUAUAAAUGUAAAUCAUAAUUCCUAAUAAAUAUCGAAGUGCAAUAAACGAGGUUGUC